AUGGCCAUGGCUCCUAUAAUCAAUGUGGUUCUAGGAUCAGUUGCCUUUGCAGUCUUUUGGGUAUUGGUAGUUUUCCAUGCUGUCCCAUUUCUACCCAUUGGAAGUACUGCAGGAUCACUCCUAGGAGCCAUGCUCAUGGUGAUUUUCGGUGUCAUGUCCCCAGAGCAAGCAUAUGAUGCAAUUGAUCUUCCAAUACUCGGUCUUCUUUUCGGCACAAUGGUAGUUAGUGUUUAUCUUGAAAGAGCUGAUUUGUUCAAAUACUUAGUUUGUAGUGCUUUCUUCACAAACGAUACCGCUUGUGUUGUCUUAACCGAGUUUGUCUUAAACAUUGCCAGGCAACACAAUCUUCCACCUUACCCCUUUUUACUAGCUCUCGCUACUAGCGCAAAUAUUGGAUCUUCGACAACACCUAUUGGAAACCCACAAAAUCUAGUUAUAGCCGUCCAAAGUAAGAUUUCGUUUGGAAACUUCUUAGUCGGGCUCCUCCCAGCUGUUCUUGUUGGCGUUUUAGUUAACGCGUUGAUCAUAAUAGGCACAUUUUGGAAGUUAUUAUCAACUAAACAGGAUUUGGAACAUGUUGAUCUAGAGAUCGUUGCUUCAGAAAAAAUCACUUCUCAUCAAGUUUCACCUAUAACAUCACAUCAUUUAACAGAUAACCAUGAGUCUCCUGGAAGAGCAGAUGCCUGUGCUGAUUCUUCCAAUAAAUCAGAUGUGUCUAAAGGUGUCGUUGAAGAUCUAGACAAGUCGUUUCAGCAGAAGGAAGAAACGAGGACUCUUGAGGGACUCGAAACCACAAAGAGAGAAUUUACUACACAAUUGAAACUGAUCUUAUCUGGGAAGGAAAUGAGUGAAAAGUGGAAGCACUUAAGCUGGAAAAUAUGUGUAUAUUUUAUCACUAUGGUCAUGCUAAUUGCUCUGGUUUUUGGUUUAAACAUGUCAUGGACUACAAUCACUGCUUCAUUAGCUCUUGUAGUUCAUGAUUUCAAGGAUGCUCGCCCCUCAUUAGAGAAGGUCUCUUAUCCAAUUUUGAUAUUCUUUUGUGGAAUGUUCAUCACGGUUGAUGGAUUCAAUAGAACUGGUGUUCCUAACAAACUUUGGGAUAUCAUGGAGCCCUAUUCACGGAUUGAUCAUGUUGGCGGAAUAGCGAUGCUGUCGCUAGUCAUUAUUGUCCUCUCGAACGUCAUAUCAAAUGUUCCAACUGGUAUGAACUCUACUUGUAUACUUGUUCUAAUACUUCCAUUUCAUUAUGUUAAAUUUCUUAUGUAG